AUGGUAGCUGAAUGCAAAGGCGGUUAUUUUGGAGCUUAUUGUGCAUCCAGGUGCAGUCCUAAUUGUGAGAACGGGAUCUGUAAUCAACAAACGGGUGAAUGUACAUCCUGUAAAAACAAUUGGAAAGGCAUAUUUUGUAAUGAGUGCCCUGUCGGCAAUUAUGGAGAUAGUUGUAUCCCAUGCAGUGUAAACUGUAAAUUAUUAAGCAGUGAGUCGAGACAAGUGUGCAACAAUUUCACUGGUGUCUGCAUUCACGGGUGUACAGAAGGCUGGAGCGGUGAAUAUUGUAAUGAAACUUGUAGGUCAACUACCUAUGGUGUAAACUGCAGCAAAACAUGCUCAGCGUUUUGUGAAAAUAAAAUAUGUGAUCAUAUUACUGGGAGAUGCGGUACAUGCAUGGAGAACAGAUAUGGCGAAUUCUGUGAAUAUUCUUGUGAAAGAUGUGAUGGUAGUUGUGAUCGAUAUAACACCAUUUGUGUUAAUUGUAAGACAGGAUACUUUGGUCAAAACUGCAUGAAAAAUUGCAGCAUCUCUUGCCUUGGAAAAGUUUGUGAACAAACAAAUGGACAUUGUCCAUCCUGUGAACCAGGGUUUAAGGGAUUAUUUUGUGAAGAAUGCGAAUCUGGAAAGUUCGGCGAGAAAUGUUCUGAUUCUUGUAGUAAGAAUUGUGUCAACAUCACUUGUAGUCGUAAAGGAGAAUGUGAUGGUGGCUGUAAAAGCGGAUGGAUAGGGUUUCGAUGUGACAAUCCAUGUCCUGAGGGAUCGUAUGGUGAAAAAUGUCUAUAUCAAUGCAACAACAAUUGUGCAGCCGGUUGUAACCAUGUUCAUGGCGAUUGUAAUCAAGGCUGUUCAGCUGUUGGUUUACAACCCAAAAGAUGUGAUAAACCCUGUUUACCAAAAUACUAUGGAUUAAACUGUGUAUCGAUAUGCAGCAGUAAUUGUGCUGAAUCUGGCCUCUGUCAUCCAGAAAACGGGAGCUGUGUGUCGGGAUGCAGCCCUGGAUAUUCAGGAGAUCUGUGUUCUACCGAAAUAAACAAGCUAAAAGAUGACACAAAGGAAUCAACUUCCGAAUCUAUUCCAUAUAUCGGGUUAGGAGUUGGAAUUUUGCUGCUGCUUGCUGCAGUUAUCGUUGCUUUUAUUUACAUAAGGAAGCGACAUAUUGGAGGAAAAAAUAAUCAACCCGAACAUGAAGGUGUAACGUUUCAACAACAAAGCCCGAUACCUUUUUCUGUAAUAGUAGAAGACCCGGAAGAAGAGCCAAUAAGAGAGGACCCAGCAGAAGCUGUCUACUAUACCAAUGUAUCGGCAGCUAAAAACAUAGACGUAAAAGAUUUGCUUUUGGUCAUAGAAGACAGAGAACAGAAAGAAAAAGCUGGUUUUACCAAGGAAUUUAAGGAACUACCAUAUGGGGAGAGGUUUGACUGUACCACAGCGAAAUUAGAAGAAAACAUUCCAAGAAACAGAUUCAAAACAACUUUUCCAUAUAAUCAUUCGAGAGUGGUGCUACAAAUUGAUGACGAAUUCAGUUCCGAUUACAUAAAUGCAAAUUACAUAGAGAAUAUGGAAGGUACAAGGGCAUAUAUUGCUUCUCAAGGACCGAAAGAAAACACUUUGAUUGACCAUUGGAGGAUGAUUUGGCAAGAGAAAGUGGAUUACAUUGUAAUGUUGACAAAUCUUAUAGAGGGUCGCAAGGUUAAAUGUCACCAAUACUGGCCGGAUGAAAAUGACAAAUUAGAGAUUGGAUCAUUUACAAUACAUUUGAUAGAAGAGAAAAAAUACGCCUAUUUUAUCAAAAGAACAAUGACACUCCAAAAAAGAGAGGUAACGAAGUCCCGGACAGUUAUUCAGUUUCACUACACCAGAUGGCCUGACCAUGGAACUCCCAAUCCUUUGAACCUUACUAUUUUCUAUGAACAUUUUAAGCACAAUUCCUUCAACUCAAACAAUCCUGUCCUUGUCCAUUGCAGUGCAGGUGUUGGUAGAACAGGCACCUUUAUUGCUCUCGAUGCAUUAGAAAAAUACGGAAGAAAGACGGGAAAGGUGAAUGUCAUAGAAUUUGUCAGGGCGAUGAGGAAAAACAGAAUGUCCAUGAUUCAAAACAUUGAUCAAUAUAUUUUUCUGUAUCAUGCACUCUACGAGACCUUCAGAAGGAAAAGUGUGUUCAUUCCGCGACUUGAUUUCGCAAGGAAAUUUUCACAAACUGAUAAACGAGAGACAAGAAAACAAAUAACCGAUGAAUUCAACGAUUUAACUAAGCUGAAACCGAAAUAUGACGCCAGUGACUACAGAAGUGGAAAGAAGUAUCUGAAUAUGAACGCUGUAAAAACGAUUCUGCCCGUUGAACGCUACAUCGUUUAUUUGUCUUCAUCAUUGAGAGGGAGGGAACCUUACUACAACGCAGUUUCAUUGUCGUCAUUUACUAGUGCAGAGGAGUUUAUUUCUGCGCAACAUCCGGUGAAUGGAGCUGGAGUUGACCUUCUUCACCUCUUGAUAGAACAUGCAUCCCCGUUUUUGAUUUCGAUGAAUCCUAUUGAGAAUAUUAUAGAGGUAAGAAACUGGUUCAAUGACAGCGAGAAAAGCACAAUUGUUGGACCAUUUGGAAUAACAAAAGUUGAACAAAAAAAAUUUACGGACGGUGUACGGAAAACCAUUAUCAAAGUGCAAAGAAAGCAGGCAAAAAGUCACAAUAUCCAAAUUUUUGAAUGUCUUGAUUGGAAUGCGACUGAUAUUUUACCAGAGAGAUGUUCAACUCUAAUAGAAUUAGUAAAGCAGUUUUGCUUAGAUAGAAGGAGGAAUCCAGAGGGUCAAAUAACCAUUUUAUCACGGGAUGGUGCGACCUGCUGUGGAGUAUUUAUUGCUGUAUAUAACGCCAUAGAACAGCUACAACAGGACGAGGAGGUGGACAUAUUUACCAUAGUACAGCAGAUACAGUGUAGAAGACCGGAAAUGAUAUCUACAAAGGAAGAAUACGAGUUUUGUUACAAGGCUGUUUGUGCAUUCUUGGAAACCGAAAAUAUUUAUGCCAACACCUCUAAUUGAGACAUAACGUAUACCGCAAAUAUACUUACUUAUGUAGUGUAUUCAAAUAUAUAGAUCUUUGUACAUGUUCAUUGACGGAAUGUUUCAUGGUUGCAAAUGCAUUGCAAUGAAUAUAUCUCGGUUAUCUUUCAGCGAUUUCUUAGCAAGAAUUCGGUUGUUUUUAACACCUUUGAUAUGUUGUUCAGAUGUAUUUGGUGAUACUUUUUGUUUGAAAAUCAAUGAUUUACUAUAAUUUUAUUGUAAUUGUGAGAUAUACAAACCACCACCAGGACUUUUUGAUGCUUCAUUUGAAUUAUUAUUUAAUGUUCAUAUGGACAAGGUUCAUCUUUACAUAAAAAGUGAAUGUUUUAAAAACAGUCUGUUAAAUUGCACUUUUGUUUAUCCUUACAUACAAAAGAAUGUAUCUGAGUGGAUAACAUAUUAUUUUAACUAUACGCAUAGCUUAUGAUCUAAGACAAUUCCUUAAAUAACAGCUUUAUUGAUAUAUACAUGUACUUGUA